AUGACGAGCUUCUCUCCAUCGUUGAUCUUUACCUCUCUCCUUGGGGCAAUGCCCAAAUCAGAGGAAACGAAACCUUUGUUUGCCAGGAAGACCAUUUUCCUUUUACUUAUGGUGUUGAGAGAUUGGGUUACGAGAGAAAGCACCCAGAAUGGAAGUCAUGCUUUGAGGAAUUGGGUUUGGAUCCCAACACUGUUUAUGAGUGCCAUUCUGGUUGAUAUGGCGAUGAGGUAA